CUUCCUCCCGCCCAUCGGCUUCUGCUUGCGGGCCUUUCAAACAUGGAGGAGCGCGAGUGGGGGGCGAGGUCGGCUCGCGCCGGCAGCCCAGCCAGCCCGCCCAGCCCGCGGCUGGACGUCAGCUCCUACAGCUUCGACCCGCUGCUGGCCUUGUACGCGCCUCGCCUGCCGCCAAUUCCCUACCCCAACGCGCCCUGCUUCAACAACGUGGCGGAGUACGAGAGCUUCCUGAAGGGCGGGCGCACCGGGCGGGGUCGGGCUCGGGGUACGGGGGAGCCGGCCUCGGCGGGAACCUCCACCGGAACCUCCACGGGAGCCGGGACCUCGUCCAGGGCCCGUCGUCGAGCCGCGCCCACCCCGGAUCCCGAGCGCAUCCAGCGCCUGCGCCGGCUCAUGGUGGUCAAGGAGGACACGGACGGCACAGCCGGGGCGCGACGCCAGGGCCCGGGGCGCAGCAAGAAGGCACCCCGCAACGUGCUCACGCGGAUGCCCCUGCAUGAAGGUAGCCCUCUGGGUGAACUGCACCGCUGCAUCCGAGAGGGAGUCAAGGUGAACGUUCACAUCCGCACCUUCAAGGGACUUCGCGGUGUCUGCACUGGCUUCCUCGUUGCCUUCGACAAGUUCUGGAAUAUGGCCCUCACAGAUGUGGACGAGACCUACCGUAAGCCUGUCUUGGGCAAAGCGUACGAGCGGGAUUCUUCGCUGACUCUCACUAGGCUAUUUGAUCGACUGAAACUUCAAGAUUCCUCCAAAAAGGAAGCGGAUUCCAAAUCUGCCGUUGAGGACUCCACCCUGUCUCGAUAUUCCCAGACAUCUACUUGGAAGGUGGCUUCGGUGUGGGGACGAGGAGACACCGACCGGGGCUCACACAGGCGCUCGCGCUCUGUCCCUUCUUCCCUGCAGGCGUCUGCAAGGGAGGAGUCCCGGUCUGAGCUGUCAGGGAGGACUACGAGGACAGAAGGGUCCAGUGUGGGCGGUACCUUCUCCAGGGCCACCACCCUUUCUCGGGGCCAGUCCCGUAAGAAAAAGCGAAAGCCCAAGGUGGAUUACCAGCAGGUGUUCACUCGGCACAUAAAUCAGAUUUUCAUCCGAGGCGAGAAUGUCCUACUGGUUCAUCUUGCACAGUGAGCAGCUCCGCCCCACUUGACCUUCGGGUUUUAGAAAUAAAGUGCAUGAACUGUUCCUAUGCUAUAUCCUAGUAUCCCAACCAGUGUGAGUCGAAGUGAUGCCCGCUGGUCCCGCCCAUGCAGAGCACAGAGCUGGCUCACCCUCUGGAAGGACAGGUCAGCAGUAUUAACCAGGCAAAAGCCAUUCCCAGGACACGCUCUGACGGGCUGCCACCGGCUGCCCCAGAGUCUUAAGUGUAAGUGCUUCACUCUGAUUUAAGGUCACAUAGUACGAGUGGAAUCUACUCCGUGGAAACCUCAGAAAUGUCUAAGAAGGAAUAAUUUCAUUUCUAAAAGCUAAUGCUCUGAGCAUCGUGAGUUCGAUCUCAUGAUGAUCAUGUUUGAGCAAUCUCAAUUUCCCAAGAUCCUGCAUCCAUAUCUUUGUUCUACAUCAUUCUCUCUUGAUCAAGAAAUGAAAUUUCUUAUCCUUGAAUAUUAAUAAGGUCUAGGAAAGUUACCAGCUUACGAAGGAGUGAAGCUCAGCUGGGUGGUUGCUCAGAGCAGCCAGUGGGGUAACCUCUGCUGUGCCCCCUCUUCCUGUGGGAAGGCAUGCAGAAGCUUGUCCCCUCACCAGAGGUGGCCUCUGCCCAUGGCACACCAGAUGGGACUGUUCCGCACUCGUGGUGGCUUGUUGUCCUCCCGACUCCUGUGGCAUGGUGCUAGUGCAUGUGACCUGUGCUGUCAACCCAUGUGUUGUGUGUGACCUGUCCUGAUGUGCCCUUGGUGUCUGACUUCAGAGAGUUCUACAUGAACUCGGUAAUACACAUCUCUCAUACUGCUGAGAGUCACCUUUCCAGGCAGGCCUGGCCUUGUGUAGAAAGUCUCUCGGAAUGGUGUUACCGUGACAGAGGGGACAUCCUUUUAUUCCCCGUGUCAAGCCAGUGAGGUUCUUAGAAAGGAGGAUGGGUGUGUCCUAAGGGCACUUGACUCCCAUUUAUGCUUGUGUGUCAGGGACACCAGAGGACCCAGGGGUGCUCCUACUUGAAUUAUAUCACCGUAUGCUGUUAAAUCACUAAUGCAGGAUGGACUGCAUCUUGACAGAGACUGUUAGGCACUAUUGACUUACAAAGUGUUGUUUCUACUUGUUGUAUCUUAGAUAACUUAUGUUCAAAGGGAGAAUGAGAAAUAGAUAGUUCAAACGUAUGUAUGAAUAGAACAUUUCCCCUGCCUGGUUUGUGAAUAGCGCUGGGAAGCCCUCUGAGACGCAGGGUAAAUAAAGUUAGGGGGCUGGGACACUUGGUUCUUCUGUUAGCUGGACCACUGCCUCAUCAGACAAUGAAAAGUCAGCAGAUGUGCCUCAGUUUCCCCAUCAGACACCUACCUCACCAGGGCAUUGUGGCAGAAUUCUAGGAAGGCAUUUUACAGCCUCUAAGCAUAUCUAAGUGCCAUGAAUAAAUUUUCCUUACUCUAUAGCAUAGCUCUGUAAAACUCUUGUCCUAUGAGCAAGGCGGGUGCUGUAUGAGAAAGGGAUCUUCCAGCUGUCAUUUCUGGUCUUGUAGCCUUCAUCAGAGGCUCUGAGAGCUUCCGCAGCUGCUUUCCGUGGUCUGUCUCUUCUCUAGAGAGAAGCAGUUCUCAGAGGAACACCUUCAUCUAGGAGAAAGUGACUUUCUCUCUGCUGCUGCCCCACAUCUGGGGCCUGCUUUUCAAGGGUGUCUGUUCUGGUACUGAAGGGACAAUGUGCAUCUGCAAACAGCAUUGUUCCCCCAGGGGGGGUUCUGGCCUUCUGUCUCUCCUCGCCUUACCGCUUUCCAUUUCUAGUUGUAUCUACAUUUGAAGGCAGGGCAGGUGUACUGGGUCUGCGGAAGCUCUGGGGAAGGCUUGAAGCUCGAAGCCUUUGAUCCUGACGUCUAAAUUCUCCUCGGCCUCCUUGGCUGGUAGUGUUCCCAAGUCAACAGUUGCUUUGUUCACCCAUCAGUCUGUGAGCCUCUGUCUGCAGAGUGCUCCCGGUGUGGCAGUGCUCCCCUGUCCGCCCUGUUGCCCCUUAGCUAGAAGCUGUAAUGGACGCUCUUUCCCCGACUAUGUAGAAAUGUGCAAUCAAAAGGAAUGGCACGGAUUUCUGUCCGUCCUAGUGAGCCUCCUGGUGCCGGUUUCAUGUUGUCAUGUCACCCUCCCACAUUUCUAUAAGGACUGAUUUCUAAUUUUCCUCUCAACAGGACAACUCUCUCUGUGAAAAUUAUCUUUAAAUUGUGUGUGUUCUAUCUUUAGAUCCCUCCAUUUAUUUGUUUAAUUUGGAUGAUGAUUCUGAAAUGAAUACUCUCUAGGAAAUAUGUAGUUUUGUGCAAAGCACAGUAAUUAUUUUUAGAAAAGUCAAUUUAAUAAAUUACUGCCUUUAGCACUGGAACAGUUUUCAAAAAUAAAGAAAAGUAAAAGUAGGUCCUAAUAAUGUAAUUGCUUCUCCAAAAUGAUAUCACACGAGUCAUCCGUGAGUCACUGUAGUGGCUAGGGGGAUGGAGGAUUGGGCAACUGGGCUGGGCGCUUCGUGGUGGGCCCUGUGCUGUUCAAGAGGUCCUUAGUUCAGUCCCUGGCGUGGAUGAACGAAUGCAUGAGUCACUAGCUGCAGUUUUCCGUAUGAGAAAAGAAGAGCCCAGGGAAAGGGCUCUUUCCUCCCGGGAGCUCCGAGAUUCAGGGAGCCUCCUCACUGUGUUCCUUGGGGUUACAGUUUGCUUAAGGAUACACCUUACUUUUGAAUAAAUUGCUUUGAUUGGUCAAACUAAUUUCUAGCCACUUGAAUAAUUCACAGAUUAUAGCUAUUUUUAUUUAUUUAUUUAUUAUUUAUUUAUUUAUUGCAACAGCCUCACUGUGUCUGCCUGGCUGCUCUGAAACUCACUAAGUAAACCAGGCUAGUUUCAAACACAGAUCUGCCUGCCUCUGCCGGCCAUGCUAUGACUAAAGUGGUGUCCAGCCACCGUGUGGCCCAGCCAUUAGAGUGGCCAGCUUAGCCACCGUUCUGGUGCUCAGCUUGAAGAGAAGCGGCAGGUAGGCAGGUAUCGCACCUGAACAGGGCUGUUAAAGGUUCAUGCUCAGAUGCAAGGGAGGUAAGACACAGGACCCGGGCCCUGGGCGCUGUCUAAGGACUAAGGAAUACAGCUUAAAUAACCAAAGGGGGCCAGGCUUAGGCGGGCCCAGUCAGCCUUUGUACAGAGGCCCAGAUUUCUCUCUGUCUCAGUCGGCAGCUGGGUUGACAGAGUAGUUUACCUGUUCCUGUCUGUGCUCGGCUUCCAGAAGCUACCAGCCAUGCUCAGGCCACCACCCCAGACAACCACUCAUUGGUCAAGUUCAGACACGAUCCAUGGAGGUUACAGGAAAGCCGGGAAAGGUUAUGUGUGGGAACACUGUUUUGAAAGUAGCAAGCCUUAAAUGGGCAGAGUUAAUGUAGAACCAGGGUCCUACCACACCGUCCUGUGUUUGCAGAGCCGUUCUUGUACUCCAGAUCCGUACAGCGUCCACCCGGGCCGUCCGCUCUAGUGUCUGGGAAGCUUGAGGUUUCCCUUCUUAGGACCAGCGGGUGGUGUGUAAAAUGUUUGCCAGUCAGUGUCCAAGGCAUGGGUCUGAAGGAGUCUGCAUCUUGCGCUGUCUUUGCCUGUUGCACAUCAAGGCAGAGAGCAUUCUGGGGUGGGUGCCCAGGAACUCUUGCUGUGAUCUGCUGUCAGAUCAGGAGCAGCCUCCUCUCUGCCUUGGCACGGGAAGACGGUUGUCGGCUCAAGAGCUCUGAACUGCCCUUAAUUCCCAUCAGCCUCACGGGUCUGUGCUGACACUUCUGCCCUUUAAGACAAACGGAGCAGACCCGGCAUGAGUGGAUGGGGGUUUCUGCGUGUCUGUUUGAACUGUUUUUGUGACAGCCACCCAUGCAAAAUCAUUUGGUUCUGUAAAUUGCUUCUUUAAAUGUCCUGUAGAUUUUUUUUCCUGUAGGAAAAAAUUGCAAGUAUUCAAAGAUAGCUAGCUGUCACUGGUGCUCCCCAAAGGGUUUUACCCCCUUCUGUGCUUUUAUGAAUGAAAUGGCUGCUGUGCACAGGCCAGGAUAGGGAAGAAAGAGUCUGGUGGUAUAAAUAGAGUAGUCUGAGAGAUGUCUUCAUUUUUCUCUUCCUACACCAUACCUGGAAUGCAUGUAGCCUGCUGUUGCUAACCCUGUGUCUUUCUUGCCCAGAAGGCUUUUUCUCAGUGGUUGGAAGUAAAACCAUCUCAACUGGCCUGUACAGGAAAGGCUGUUAAAGUCUGCCAUUGCUUUCUGGCAAAUCGGUGGAUUUAAGACAAGUCUUGGCUCCUGUCACAAUUCUCUGAAGAUGGGUUGAGCCCCCUUACCUCCUGGUGUCGAGUAUGUUUCAAAUGUCUGUCAGUUCUCUUGCAAGGUCCUAAUAAAAGUGAAAGCCCUCUGUCAAACAACAUGGGUGGUCGGACGAUCAGGGGCAAGAAAACUCAGCACACCUCAGACCCUCGGUUCUCUAAGCUGCUGUGUCCAGACUCCCUCAGAACACUGCAAACUCAGGCAUCCCCGAGGAAAGCUGGGAGUUUGGUUCCUGGCACAUUGCAAUCACUUUUGAUAAUGAGUCCUUGGGAGCAAAUGCCUGAUGUUGUAUUUUCAGACCUAUGAGGAAAUGUCUGGGAAUGCUUAGGGGUUGUUUCAGGUGAUUGAUUGACUGAUUUCAGAGCGGCUGGUCCCUUUUUCUCCCUGGCAGGAGAGCAAGACAGUGAUCCGUGCCCUAAAGCACUCACACUUGUAAUCCCAGCCCUUAGGAGACUGAGGCAGGAGGAUCCCUGUGAGUUCCAGGCCAGUCUAAGCUACAGAGGGAAAGUGUAUCAAAAAAACUAAAAUGUCAGCAACCAAAAGUAAUUUGCCUAUUCAGUACAGACAUGUAAAGACUCUGGCCACUGUGUCCCCUGUGCACCGUGACUUGGUGAUGGUUUUAUGGACAGGGCCGGAGCUGGAUGACUAGGAGUGCGGAUACAGCAGCUGGUAUAAGAACCCCCGACUGACCUCAUCUUUACCUCGCCCCUUGUUAUGUCAACAGGGACCCUUCUUGUUGAGGGGCCUGCUGCUAGUAACCUUUGCAAUGUGCUGCUUUUGAUACAUGUCGAAUGGGAGUCUGGAAAUAAAUAUGAUUGUAUCCAUUUGC